AUGAUUAACGUUGUAUCACAUUAUUUGCUUAGUGUUUGUUUCAAGUUUAACGUUAUAUCACAUUAUUUGCUUAGUGUUUGUUUCAAGUUUAACGUUAUAUCACAUUAUUUGCUUAGUGUUUGUUUCAAGUUUAACGUUAUAUCACAUUAUUUGCUUAGUGUUUGUUUCAAGUUUAACGUUAUAUCACAUUAUUUGCUUAGUGUUUGUUUCAAGUUUAACGUUAUAUCACAUUAUUUGCUUAGUGUUUGUUUCAAGUUUAACGUUAUAUCACAUUAUUUGCUUCAAACUAGUUGUGUUUGCUGUGUGCCGACAUUCACAUAA